AGAUAAGACACGAAAUCUAACCGUGUAAACGUACAACUCAACGGAACUUCCCCCGAUUUACUCAGGGUAUAACAGUCAGCUAAGGAAUUGGGAGCAAUCACUGUAUAUUCAUUCAGAAUACUCAACAUGGAAACCUUAUGAAUUGUUGAAAGAAUAACUUUGUAGUACAACUAUUUUUCCCUAGUACAUUUCAGCUCAAUUAUCUGUUGUCGUGGUAUCUCUGCAAAAUAGGAGUACUCCAAUGUGCUCACCCACUUGAUAUGACCUUCUUAUUUAACCUUUAGAUCUUUGUGGCUAUUUGCGGGUCCUUUGCUCCGAGCUUGACCCACUUUCACAUUGACCACAAACUCAUUCAAAAACUAUUGAAAUGGCUCUCUGGAUGUACAAUGGCAUGAAGGAAUCUUUAAUCUUUUCUUUCUUCCAUAAGCUUCAAUUGUGAUGUCAAAUGAGGUGAUUGAUUCUACUGAAGUUGGUGAAGGUUCUGUACUAGGUAAUCAUGGACUGUUUUUAAUUCGUGGUAGUUCCAAAAGACUUAAACAACAAAAUGAUUUAGUUGCAAUUGCGCUGAAUGGUAGUCGUUUGAAGGAAACUGUACCAAAAGUGGAUGACCCGGAAAUUGCACUAACUGAAUCAGAGAAAGAUUUGGAAAAACAAUCUCCUCCUGUGGAACCUAUGACAACAGUUGAACUUCAAAUACUAAGACUGUGGAAUACAUUUCAUUUUCUUUAUUGUCUUUUGCUUGCAGGCGCCAUUGGUUAUAUUACUUGUAAAAUAUGUGGAAAUGACUUGUGCAAAUUUGAAAAUUGGGAGGUGGUCGUAAUGUGUUUCAUUGCAGGUUGCACUGUUCCUAUUGUUAUUUUUGAUUAUAGUGUCUUGAAAUUUGGAGAAUAUAAACUCAAGUGGGAAAGCACUACCGCGGUUUUAAAGGGCUAUUGGACAACAGUAUUAUCAUUUGUAUCUUCUCUUUUAAUAAAUCUUACUGUUGUAGCAGUAACAAUGCUUACUCUCGCAUACUUCUUUACUGGUACUAGUGUUUUCUACAAACAGGAGUCCGUCCAAACUGCUCUUCCACAAUAGUUCCAGAAAAAUAGAGUAUGCACAAUAGUUUGCGAUUUUAUAGUGAAUAUACGAAAU